GAAUAUGGCGGUGAACCAAAAUAAAUUACACACGUGAGCCACAAAUUUGGCGGGCAUCCGGGUCUUACCUUACACGAUAAACCUCCGCUAUAUGUUCGGAAUCCGAUAACACUCGGUUGGAGAUUGGAGACGCGAAAAUAUUCAAAAUGUCCGCGGAGGAAGACACAGAAUUGAGGGACAUGGUCGCCCAGACAUUGGAAAGUAAGGGUGUUUUGGGAAAAAUCAGGGCUCAGCUCAGAGCAAGUGUGUUUUUAGCUUUGGAAGAACAGGAUGGAUCAGAGGGUAAAAUUCAACUUGUAAACCCCGAACUGAAGAAGUUUUUAAAUACAAGUGAAGGACGGCUUGUGACAGGUUUAGUCAGAGAAUUUCUGGAGUACUUUGAUCUUGAUUUCUCUAUUGCAGUUUUUGAUCCAGAGACUAAUUUUAGUGACAAGUAUCCAGGUAGAAACAACCUUGCCAGAGAACUGAAGCUGAAUGAUGUUGAUAACACAUCUGGAAGCCCACUGUUGGCAGAAGUCUUAAAGAGACUUUCACCAGUCACCAAUGGAGAGGUCAAAACUUCACCAAGGCACAGUGCAGCUAACAGCCCAAGAAGCAUCAGUCCCCCUAACUCAAAUAAGGGUGAUGAAGAUGACCAGGGAGAAGUUUCUUUGGACAAUGAGAGUGAUGAUAGUAUGAUUUCCAGUCCCAGACCAAGCAAAAUUCCACAGCGAGUGCGAGAUGAGAAAUCCAGCAAAUCUGACAAAAACCAAGACUCAUUGCUUGAAAAACUGAACUCUGACAAGGAGCUAAAUUCUCUGUCAGACUCAAGAAGGGACAAAAGUGGAAACAGAAGCCCAGAUGUAACCAUUGCAAGUGAUGAUGGAGAUGAUAUUUUUGCAGAUAUUCCACUGAAGACAAAAGAGAGCGAGAAACAAGGGUUAAUGAAAGAAACAGGAUCCAAAUCGACUGGUGGACUCUCCUCUCUGAAGGGUGCUCCAUCCCUGGGCAGUAGUGGACUUGGCUCAUUAAAGGGUGCACCACCAUUACCUGGAAUGAAUAACAAUAACAGAGAGGCCUCAAAAUCACCUAACUGGCAGGACCUUGCCGACAUUGACAACAAGAUCAGCAAACUCGGUUUCGAUAUUCCAGAUGACGACAAAAAUGGUCAAGCAGCUGAUUACAAUGACGAUUAUGAGGAUGACUUCCACACCAGUGACAUGAGCAUUCCGGAGGACAUCGAGGAACAACUAUCUUUACUGAACGGUUACUUCACCUCUGACCGCACAGUGUCUCAGGCCAGUGGUGAAGAUCUCGACUUUGCAGAAGACAUUUUGAACUUUUAAAGAGAAGCCAGUGAAAACGUGUACAUUUAUGGAGGGAGACGCCUGACUUCAGAAUUGUUUUAAGUGAAGAAGCGGUUCUGAUUUAUAAUGAACGCCCCUCAAGUGUUCUCAAAAGCGUUUUGUAUUAAACUUAAACUUGAGUGAAUUCAUUCGUAACUACAUCUGUUAGUGUGAAAACUUCCUGACUGGUAUUAUGUCACUUCUGUAAAAUCAUGGUUUCUUUAAUGGGUGUAUAUUUUAUGUACAACUUUGUAAUAUAUACAAAUAGAUAUGCAGUACCCAUGUAUUCGUUCAUGUAGGAUUGUAACCGCUAUUAGCGUGGCUACAGAAAGGGGUCUCUUAUUCUGUGAAUUAAAUAAAGUUAUUGUGGUCAGCUUA